GUUGCUGUUUUUAUUUUGACCAAUAGAAUGUGCUAUAUGCGAUGACGUCAGGCCAAUCACAAAUCACUGGAGAGACGCGUUGAUCCAGAGACGUCUUAUUCUGUUCUUGAGUCAGUUGAAAUUAGUGUUUUGAUUGCAUAUAUUUUAAGGACUUAUUAUAUUUUUUAUCCAAAUACUUCUUCAGAAUUGUUUUAUAUAGAUGGCUCGUACUAAGCAAACUGCCCGUAAAUCUACGGGAGGUAAAGCACCACGUAAACAGUUGGCCACGAAAGCGGCUCGUAAAAGUGCUCCAUCUACUGGUGGAGUAAAGAAGCCACAUCGUUACAGGCCUGGUACCGUAGCUCUGCGAGAAAUUCGACGAUACCAGAAAUCGACUGAGCUGUUGAUCAGGAAACUGCCGUUCCAGCGUCUGGUGCGUGAAAUAGCCCAGGAUUUCAAGACUGACCUGAGAUUCCAGAGCGCAGCUAUUGGUGCCCUGCAGGAGGCCAGCGAAGCCUACCUGGUGGGCUUGUUCGAGGACACCAACCUGUGCGCCAUCCACGCCAAGCGCGUCACCAUCAUGCCCAAGGACAUCCAGCUGGCCCGUCGCAUCCGCGGGGAGCGCGCCUAGACAUGCCCCCGGGGCGAGAGACUCGAUAGUGCAGGGACCUUGGGGCGGGGGGUGUCUGCAACUACCACAUUCGUCAUUUCGAUUGUCAUCUUCACAAAGUCCCUUACAACACUGCCAUGGUUUGAUGGAAUCAGCCCCCCUUCUCACCGUAUUUAAUCUGUUCUUGUGUGUUAGGUACAAAGCAACAAUUUUUUACUACAUGUUUUGUCUGCAUAUAUUCGCUUGUUUUUAAAAUUAAAAAAAAAAGGUGUGUGUUAGGUAGGCCUAGUGUCAGCCAUUAAGAGUCUUGAAUUCAACUGGGCAUGUAUGUUUUUGAAUUUAAGUUUAGAACAAUUUUUUUUUACAUAUAUAUAUGACAGUAGCUAGUGGUAGCGUUAGAUAAUUGUUGGAGGCAUUAAUUUUUCCCCUGUAGGAACAUGAGAAUUUUUGUAAUUUUUGUGAGAAUUGUUAAAGCACUUUAUUCAGGCAAACGUAUGGUGAUCGUAUGCUGGAAGCAAAAUUUUCUUUGUCUUUGAUAUCUUGUUUCAGUUAGUCUUAACAAGCUGGUUUAGUGUGGCAUGCUGAAUUUGUACAUGUAUGUUGUAAUAGGAAAUGUUUUUUUUUAGGUUGUGCAAUUUCAGUUAUAUUAUGUCUUGUGUAAUAAAAUUCAUAAAAUUGUAUUCAAAGUUCA